AUGUGUGUCGCUAUGGUGAUCAUCUGCAAGAAGAGGCCGGAGAAGGGUGGCGACAAUGUAACGUCGAAAAGCACACAUUUGGGUCCGUUGCAGGCGCAGACCAUGAGCCAGGGGACCGCCCUCUUCUCUCACGAACUUAUGGAUACAAGGCACUGGUGCGAAGUUGCCCACGGAUGCGCCUCGCCACAAAGUCCAGUCGGCACCAGCCUGGAGAGUCUUUGGGACGCUCUACCACAGGUGCACCGGAGCGCCACCCACUGGAGUUGGGAUGUAGGCUCCACAUCCAGUACUGUCAGUAGCCUCCUGCAAAACCUCAGCCUGACCGAGGCCGCGUCUUCACUCAUGGCUGCGCCGCCAAGCAAGCGUCAGUGCCGGUCCCUCUCCUGCUCCGAUGACCUGCACCGCUCCACCUGGCGACCCCAAGGCUCCAGAGUGUGGACGACAGUAGAAAAAAGGAGGUGCCACAGUGGCGGGAGCGUCCAUCGCAAUGGCAUUGCCCAAACUAGCUUCCCAGUCAUCCAGCGCAGCUCAAGCUUCAGCCUCCCUGCCGCCUUGGCCCAGCCCCUCUACCUCUCUCAUGAACAGAUCCCAGAGCCCCACGUGCCUUCGCCAGUUAGUUCACCAGACUCCACCCCUGAACUGGAGCGCCGAGGAGGACUGGGCGGUCUGGCACGCAGCCGCUCACAACCCUGUGUACUCAAUGACAAAAAGAUUGGCGUCAAACGCAGGAGGCAAGAUGAUGCGCAAAGGCCCUCGCUAGAUCUGGCAAAGAUGACUCAGAAACUUCGGAACUUCCACAGCCUCAGCUGCCCGGGAAUCACAGGUCAGUCUGGACAUGCUGAGGACUCCUCUGCUACUCCUGAUGCUUCAGAUGACGUUCCGCCUGUAACCAAGCAUGAAACGUCUGCCCGCACCAUCCAGGAGGUGGAUUGGAUCUCCACAUACCACAAAGAUAAGGCACCAAUCUGGGCGGGCCUUUGUCGUGCCGAGAAGGACAGCUAUCUGCUCGGAGGCGAGCUGGACAUUGAACAGAUCGAGAGAAAUUGA